ACCCCAUCGACCUGCCGCUCCCCGGGACUUUCACAAUGAAGUUCAUGAAAGUGGGCCGUGUGGCCAUCAUCACCCGUGGCCGUUACGCCGGUAAGAAGGUCGUCAUCGUCCAGCCUAACGACACUGGCUCCAAGGCGCACCCCUUCGCCUACGCCAUCGUUGCCGGUAUCGAGCGCUACCCCCUCAAGGUCACCCGCCGCAUGGGUAAGAAGACGGUCGAGAAGCGCAGCAAGAUCAAGCCUUUCAUCAAGGUCGUCAACUACAACCACUUGAUGCCCACUCGCUACACCCUCGAGCUCGAGGGUCUCAAGGGUGCCGUCUCCACCGAGACCUUCAAGGAGGUUUCCCAGCGCGAGGACGCCAAGAAGACCGUCAAGAAGGCCCUUGAGGACCGCUACACCAGCGGCAAGAACCGUUGGUUCUUCACUCCUCUGCGUUUCUAAACGGGAUAAUAUGGGGCGUUUUGUCGUUUGAGCGCGCAAGGUCUUAGAUGAGGCAAAGGGAAAAAGCAAAGCAUCGAAGACAUCCGGUUCCUGAGCAUGGGAUCACGUGAAGUAUACCAUAGCACGCGAGAAGAAUGGGAAUGUGUCGAUGUACAGGUCCAGGACUUGGCCAAUUUUUCUUAUCAUGAGGGAGGCCACUCAGAUCUGGCGUCCGUCUCGAAAUGAAAUGGAAAAUAUGAACAAUUCAAUUUCUUUUUGUUUAUUCAGAUUGGCCAGCGCAACUACGUCUUCCACAG